UGCUGCCAGUAGCCACCAUGGCGUCCGGAUACAUACUAAAUCGUGGUGUGCUAACGUUAGGAAUUCACUGUCAGCGUGUUUGCAGAACCGUGUCAUUAUCACAGGUUAGAGAGAAGAAGCGGUGGAUGAAAGCGUACACGUACCUCAUGGCCAAGAAGUUAAAGCUUGAAGGACCUCCACCACCGAAGCCACGCUCUCAGAAGCCUCACUGGGAUUAUCAUGCUGAGGUCCAGGCGUUCAGCAGCCGCCUCCACGAGAACUUCUCCCUGGAGCUACUGAAAACAGCCUUCAUCAACCCCUGUUACCUGCAGGCGGAGCUAAGGAGGAGACAGGGGUUAGGCGUGGACUCUGAGAUUACCGCUCUCGUUCUGAAAGAUAAUAUUCAGCUCAGUGAAAGGGGAGUGAGUUUCACUAAAAGCUUCCUGAGCGACUGGUGCAGGGCCAGCUUCCCGAUCCUGCCGAGAGACGGGGUGGAGAGUGUCGUAAGGCACCUCGCCAGUUCAGCGGUCGUGACCGAUGUAGCAAGAAAUCUUGGCAUUGAAGACCUAACCAUGAGUGCAGACUGUCCUGUUCCAGAUGAUGUGCUUCAUUCAACAUUCAUGGCAGUAAUUGGAGCUCUAACGGAGAGCAGUGGAGCAGAGAAAACCGGAUUGUUCCUCAGGGAUUUCCUGGGCACUCAGCUGAUCGGGAAGGACCUGUUUGAUAUGUGGACAGUUGUCGACCCCAUGGGACUGUUGGUGGAGGAGCUUACUAAGAGGAGCGUUCCACUGCCAGAGCCUCGCCUCAUCAGAUCUGCUGGAGCCAGUACUGUCCUGCCACUAUACUUUGUUGGCUUGUACAGCGACAAGAAGCUUCUGGCUCAGGGUCCAGGAGAGACACUUGUAGCAGCCGAGGAAGAAGCAGCUCGCGUGGCCCUCCGGAUACUCUACGGCUACACCGAGAACCACAGACCCCUUGACUUCUCUCCACUACAGCAGCAUCAGCAGCCAUUAAUUCAAUCAAUCAGCAGCAAUUAAUGAAGUGUCAAUACUUCUACAGCAGUGGGAAAUAAUUUCAGGGGUCAGUUGGACAGGAAAGUAGCGCGAAUCUACUUAAGAGAUCAUUUGAGAUAAAGCACAUCUUUGUGUUUGUGGAUUACAGACUUGCUACGGAUUGUAGGGAGAAAGUUAACGUAAAUAAGGUCGCCAUCUACCUUAUUAGAUAUUAGUGUAACUGCACAUAUCAGGAUUGUUUCUUUUGUGUAUAUUAAAAUCAGUUCCCCCAGACAAAGGAGAGCAAAAUAAACCUUAUUGUCCACGUUAAUAAUGUGACUAUGAUGUAAGAUCCAGGUUUUAAUUGUAUCAUAUAUUUUAAAUAAUUUUGAUAACAUUCAAGACCACAGCUUACCUUGACUAAUAACUUAUAGAUUCAGCAGUCCAUGACAUACAAUGACCCUGAUAUCUGGUUGUAUAAAUGCUGUUUGGUUUACUUGGUCUUCUGUUAUAUGUUUUUCAUCUGUAAUAAAAAGUCAUACUUAUGUGUA